AUGGCUGAUCAAGAGAUCGAUUUGGACUCUAUCAUUGAUAGAUUGUUGGAGGUGAGGGGUAGUCGGCCAGGAAAACAAGUGCAGCUGCUGGAGUCGGAGAUUCGUCACUUGUGUACCAAGGCACGGGAAAUCUUCAUUUCACAGCCCAUUCUCCUCGAGCUUGAGGCCCCUAUCAAGAUCUGUGGUGAUAUUCACGGUCAAUACUACGAUCUUCUACGUUUGUUCGAAUACGGCGGCUUCCCUCCUGAAGCCAACUACCUUUUCCUCGGCGAUUACGUUGACCGUGGCAAACAAUCGCUUGAGACUAUCUGCUUGUUGUUAGCGUACAAGAUCAAGUAUCCUGAAAAUUUCUUCAUUCUCCGCGGCAACCACGAGUGCGCAUCAAUCAACCGAAUUUACGGAUUCUACGACGAAUGCAAACGCCGAUACAACAUCAAGCUAUGGAAAACAUUUACCGACUGCUUCAACUGCUUGCCGAUUGCCGCUAUAAUUGAUGAGAAGAUCUUCACGAUGCACGGAGGCUUGAGUCCGGAUCUCAAUUCGAUGGAGCAGAUUCGUCGUGUGAUGCGUCCCACUGAUAUUCCCGAUUGCGGUUUGCUCUGCGAUUUGCUGUGGUCUGAUCCCGACAAAGACAUUACCGGCUGGAGCGAGAAUGACCGAGGUGUUUCGUUUACGUUUGGACCGGACGUGGUGUCACGAUUCCUCCAAAAACACGAUAUGGACCUCAUCUGCCGAGCCCACCAAGUCGUCGAGGACGGGUACGAGUUUUUCUCGAAACGACAGUUAGUGACGCUGUUUAGUGCGCCAAAUUAUUGCGGAGAGUUUGACAAUGCGGGGGCAAUGAUGAGUGUGGACGAGAGUUUGCUUUGCUCAUUCCAGAUUCUUAAACCAGCCGAAAAGAAACAAAAGUACGUUACCGGGGGUAUAAGCACAGGCAGACCCAUCACUCCUCCGCGAAAGCAGAAAAAGAAGUAA